GAUUUUGACGUUUAUCGACCGACGUCACCACAUGUCGGCGGCAUCAAUCUUUCGCCACUAAUUAUUUAACAAACUCCGGCCUAACUGAAAUAACUCCAGCGUUAUGGCACCAGCAGCUGCUGCAGUGAAGCCCCGGCCCAAUGAUGACCCUAUUGGUAUCAGGGCAGUGCUUCUGGGGCCACCGGGAUCCGGCAAGGGCACUCAGGCCCCAAAGUUGAAAGAGAAAUACUCUGUCUGCCACCUCUCCACUGGUGAUAUGCUUCGCGAGGAGGUUUCCUCGGGUUCUGAGCUCGGACGUAAGCUGAAGAAGGUCAUGGAUGACGGCAAACUGGUGUCAGAUGAGUUGGUUGUGGACAUGAUCAACAAGAACCUUGAUCAGCCUGAAUGCAAGUAUGGGUUCCUGCUGGAUGGCUUCCCUAGGACUGUGCCACAAGCAUCAAAGCUUGAUGAGUUAUUGGCGAAAAGAAAAGCAGAGCUAGAUGCAGUCAUUGAAUUUGGUAUUGAGGAUAGCUUGCUGGUGCGCAGGAUUACCGGCAGACUGAUCCACCCAACGAGUGGCCGCAGCUAUCACGAAGAGUUCCAUCCCCCUAAGAAACCAAUGACUGAUGAUGUGACCGGUGAGCCCUUGGUCCGUCGCUCUGAUGACAAUGUUGCUGCUCUUCAAAAGAGGUUAGCAACAUACAACAGUCAAACUGUGCCAUUAGUCGACUAUUACAUGCGAAAAGGACUUCACCACAUAGUGGAUGCGUCCAAGCCAGCAGAGACCGUAUUCAGCAAGAUUGACAAUAUCUUCAAAACCAGGAUCUUCAACAGGCAACGGGCAGCUCAGUAAACAUAAUCACUAUACAUAUUAAGGAAAGGUGUUGUACAAAUCUCGUUUUUUAUCUUGUCAUGGUUUUGACUGGUUGAGUUGCUGUAUUUUUGAAUUUUUUUAUAUUUGAUCUUCUAUAGGGCCUAUUUUGUUUUGAGCAAAUACAGUGGAUUUAAAAU